CUUUACCGCCGACUUUGAGCUCCGGUGAACCCAGCCAGGCCAGCUAGAUGCCCAGGAUUCCCAGGCCAGAAGUGUAGAGCUCUCCUCUUCCCCCAAGAGCUUUUUUUCUACCUGGGGAGCUCAUUCCUUGAGGUUCUCAGUCUAAGAUAUCAAUGAGAGUGUGCACGAUCGAGGCCUCGGCGGGAUUUGAGGCGAUAACUAAAUCUGACAUUUACUUUUGUUAAGAUAUAGAAUCCCGGGGAGUGGGGCCAAGAAAGUGGGAAGAAAGAAAAUAAAUCCAAGUUAUGCUGGUAAAAUGUGUCAAUCCUAGCGCUGGAAGAAGAGUCCUAUCUGUUGUGGCCUAGGUACAGUUUGGGCAGGGUCGUAGGCUGUGAAAAUGCCAGGGCAGUUGCUGCACUGCCUUGUAGGUAGACAGAAUCAGAUGUGCAGUUUUGUUGCCUAGGAGCUUUGCCAGACUUGGGCAGCUGUGUUGGGGUCGUGGCUAACACAGCGUGUGGCUAGAUAUCACUAGUACCCCACUAGUAUCUUGGGGAGAAACAGUAAGUAAGGUAAAUGGGAUGUUGCCUGGCCCAGAAGUGUCCUUUGUAGCUUUGUCUGACAGGCAACUCAAGAACACUCUUACUCAGAAAUGCUCACUGACCCCGUGGUAGAGACUGCUUAUUUGGGUUUCCCGUUCUGUAUCCAGAGGGAGUUGAACCUCUCAGAUCUGAUGCUCAAGGAAGGAUGUCUCCUCAUACUGUGUAGCUGCAUGGAGGAGAUGGUCAAGUCUGGUACCUGGGAAUGCAAGAAGGACACAGUCUGAUGGAGACGGACAGGGAAGGCCUGCAGUCUGUAUGUUCAGUGUUGACUACAAGUUCCGACCUGGUAGCCUGAGGCAUGCUGGGGCAAUGGGGUCGACAAAGACCAUGAGGUAGACAGACCGAUACUGUUGAGUGCUGAAACCGCAGUUUCUUAGAGACCGACACAGCAAAGCCUUAAGAAGGAGGUCAGUCAUCUACAGUGGCCCUAAGUUAGCUCCAGAAGCUUUUCUUCUGAGGGCUGGAGGCAGGAACCCAUGUGACAGACCAGUGGUAACUAUCCUCCUGCAUCAGUCUCCCCACCCCCUCCUCCUCCUGUUCCUUCUCCCUCUCACACUAGUCACUCUUCACUUUUUAUUUUUAUUAUCUAUUUAUUUAUUUAUUUAUUUAUUUUGGAGACAAGGACUCACGUGGCUGAAUAUGACCUUGAACUUCUGAUCCUCCUACAACCACCUGGAAUUAUAGGCCUGUGUCACUGUUAUCUGGCUGGUGUAGCACUGGGGAUUAAUCCCAGAACACGCUAGCCAACAGUUUACCUUCUGACCAACAUCCCCAGCUCCACCUCUUCUGUUUGGGAAACCCCUGAAGGGAACAUCCGGAGUCACAGCGAGUUCUCGUUCACAUUCUAUAAAAAAACAUUGUCGGUGAAGAUUUCCUAGGCGAGGAUGGAGAGAGGUCUGGAAAAUAUUGCACACAGAGGCCUAAAAGAGGCAGAUAUAUUUAGCCUUGAGAUAAAGAGCCUCACAUGCCCACCCCCAAGCCAAGUGUUUAGAAGAGCCUGAGGUGACAAACCAUGGUCUGGAGAUGAACGUUAGACAGAUAGACCUGGCUACAGCGACAUAAGUCUCACACUUUGUGUGCCCCAGUGUUUAUUCUUAUUCAUUCUGUAUGUACAAUAUCCCUGUGAACUAGGACAAGAGCCACUAUUACAGAUGAGUUUGCCAAGGCUCAGAUGGGUCACUGUUUGACGUCUCAUAGCUAAUAUGCUGGCAUUCAGUGCACCUUAGGUUGUGGUUCUCAAGAGGACCAACUUAACACUAAGCAGCAAAAGACAAAUGAAUUAGAAUGCUGGAGUUUAACAAUAUCCUCCAAAUAUCCUCCAAAUUUUGCCUAUUAGAAACUCAAUUUCCAGCUUUGUGGGGAAGUCAUUGGACUUAUUAUUAAUGAGUUAUUGAGGGAGUCGCCUUGUUUAAAAGGCCUUUCUGACUUGCUUGCUUUGUUUCACUGUGUGAUGCCCCCCCCCCAUCAAACUGUUAUAGACUAUAUGAUGUGGCAAGGGGGGGCUCAGCCAACAUGGCCCCAUCACCUUGGACUUACUGGCAUCUGCAACUAUAAGAAAUCACUUUGUUUUCUCUAUAAGUCUCCCUACUCAGGUAUCUGUUACGGAAGUAGAAACAGACACAGACAGAGAGGGAGCCAGUAAAAACUGGAGCUGACGGGCUGGAGAGAUGGCUCAGUGGUUAAGAGCAUUGCCUGCUCUUCCAAGGGUCCUGAGUUCAAUUCCCAGCAACCACAUGGUGGCUCACAACCAUCUGUAAAGAGGUCUGGCACCCUCUUCUGGCCUUCAAGCUUACACACAGACAGAAUAUUGUAUACAUAAUAAAUAAAUAAAUAUUUAAAAAAAAAAAAAAACUGGAGCUGACAAACUGAGAAUGCACGAAGCCUGAAGAUACAGCUAUGGAAUGUCUGGGCCGCGGUCUUGUUUGUAUUUCUAUGAUAAAACACCUAACAUGGACCACUUACAACGAACAGAGAUUUUGACUGCAUGUGGUGGCUCUCGACUUUAAUCCUAACACUCGAGAGGCAGAGCCAACCCAAUCUCUAAGUUUAAAGCCAUCCUGGCCUACAUAACAUGUUCCAGGACAGACAGCACUGCAAUAGUGAGACCCUCUCUCAAAAAGCAAACAACUACAAAAUAGAUCUUUCUUUCUUUUUUUCUUUCACUGUUUGGGUUGCUGAGAAAUCCAAAAUCAAAGGACCAGUAUCUGGCAAGGAACUGACAUCUGGCAAGGAUUGUGUUGGCAAACACCCAGCAGAAACACCUAAGAGAGGCUAGGAUUAUUUUGGUUCGUGCUUUCAGAGGAUUCAGUCAUGGUCAUUUGACCCCUGUAGUUGGGCAGAACAUCAUAGCAGCAAGCCUAUGUUCUCUAAGUUUUGAUGAUUGGGAGAUAGUGGGUGUGCCAGGAAGGAACCAGGAGGACUACACCCCAAAGGACCCACCUCCAGUGACGUACUAGGUCCACUUUCUGUAGUGUCUUUAACCUUCUAAAAUAGUUGAGCAGGCAGGGAACAAGCUUUUAAAACAUGAGCUGUGGGGGUGGGGACCUUCACGGUCCGCCAAUAGCACUGUCAUUCCACAGUGGAAGGCAGAAGGGCAGAAGAGCAUAGGUAAACAGAGGAAGAAGAGGGCUGAACCCGUCCUUCAUCAGAAAAUGGCUCCCCCAGAUAAUGGCCUAAUCAUUCAUUCCUGUGCCUAGAGUGGACCCUGCAUGGGAAGCCAAGUGCUAAUGGAGGGAGAGCUGUCUCGUAAGCGUAGAGGUGCCGGACAAGCUUGACAGCUGGCAGCAUGGAGCUCUAGCAGCCUGAACCACACUGCUGUUUAGGAAGAGUUCUGCAAUGUAGGCCAGAGGACACACGUCCUGUGGUUAAGGUCAAGGACCCACAAGCUAGUCCUUGCCUUUUGCUGGACUCCAUCUACAAACUUAUGCUAUUCUGUGGGAGCACCUUGCUUCUGACAGGGUCUGGAACAGUUGACCAGGUUCCAGUUCUUAGGUUGCAGGCCCCAUUGGGCCAUGCCUCUCUGUUGCCAUGGCUUGGUCGCCCUUUCAGAUGACUGAUCACUCCUGUUCCCUUAGCUAUCACAGUGAGAAAGUUGGAUUAUAAACAGGGGCUUCUAUUCUUUUGCCUCUGUGACUCCUUUUUGAUGGUGAAACCUCCCUGAUGUCCCAUAGUCUUCUAUUUAGUGCUGCUGGAUGGUAGAUGUUCAUAUGUCAUAAUUUGUAUGACUUUUAAAGGACAUGCUUUUUCAUCACAGCAGCAUCUGAACAUGUUUAAACAAUAAUUAAAGUGUGUAAGCAAAAAUGCGUAUUUGGUCUGUAGGGAACAUGUAUGUAUAUGCCCCUUUGGACUCUGAACCUAUUGUCAAGGCCUGGGGCCUGCAGCUCACACAUGAGGACUCACCAGCUUCUUCCCCCUCUACCAACCGGCCGCCAUGGCUCCCAGGCAUUGGCUGAUAGGUACCAGAAGGAAGAGGUAGAAGAGAGCAGCACAGAAAGGACCAGAGGACAGAGCUGUGGCAGAGUUGCCAAAGGCGAGACUAGAAGUGAUAGGUUGAAUGCAUGGGUGUGGGGAGGUGUUAUAAGGUGGCCAAGUGUAAUGGGGUCCUGUGCUAGCUAGCAUGCCCAAGAGCAUUUGAGAGCUAGAGAUGCCCGUAAGGAUUUGGGCUCAGCAGGUAGUUAGACUCACAGCUAUGUCCAUGACAACAGGAAAACAUCUGACAAAUUCAACAGAUGCGAGGUUAGGAGAAACUCGAGGGCAGCUUCCCAGAGGCCUCCAGUGCAGUCUCCAAGAAGCACUUAGCUCCCCCAGCAUAAUGGUGAAUGACCCAUGUGGAAUGCCAACUGGGAAAAUCUUGCCAGAGACUCUACACCCAGGAUUGUUGCUGAGAACAGGUCACGCAGGCAUCUUCUCCUGGCAUCUGCCUUCGCAGACACCUAGAAAGAAGACGUGUGUUCAGCACAAGCUGUAUCAUACAGAUUAGCUAGUGUGUUAACCAGUAGACAUCCUUUGAGAUGCACAUUCCCAGGUGCCUGCCUAGGUCUAGGCAUUUUGAAGGGCAGCAGUGGCAGGCCUGCUGUGUUGGCUCCUCAGUACAGAACCUAAGAUUGUCCACAUUUUAUGUGCUAGGAGGCCAAUAAGAAAUGCAAAAUGGCUCCCUGCUCUAGGUUUGUGGAGUAUCUGAGGUGUCUGAGGGAUAGUGGCCACAGUGGGCCAGAGGUCUAACAGACUCCAAUCUGGCCCAAGAGUUAAGCUUGGGGAAGGAGGCUGCUGACCAGCAGACCACAGAGAUGGUUGGGAAUGCACAGUGAGCUAAGAGGCAAAGGACGCUCACUGCCUCUGAUCCCUUCUGGCCUUCUGGCUGUCAGCAGUCACUGGGAAUGUGGUCUCUAGCCAGAUGUGUUGUUGGAGCCUAACUACUUCAAAAUGUCAGGGCAUUAGGUAUAUGAUCCUAGUGUGUGCACAGUGGUAGCUGUCAGCUGUCAGGAAUGGAAAGCAGAGAGAUGGCAGGCAGUAGGUGGCAAGGCUGCCAGUUAGUAAGAGAGACAGUUUUUAAAGUCACUGACUUAAAUGCAUGAACUAGACAGUCGACUCUCCUCUGCUUUAUCAGAAGUGUUCCUGUUUUCAAAGGUCCUGCCUGCAGAUCACGCUUGUUUCUAACCUCGAUGGAUUCUUCCCAUAAUUUACAUUCUGUUUGUGUCGCUUGUGUGGUUCUUUUCUCCCAUAAUUUCAGUUCAUGGCUAUCAGGUGUUGGUCAUUGUCUCAGUUUUCAUGCUGUUUUAAAGUCUACAGAAUUACGACUUUUACAGAAAGGAAGAGAUUGCUUUCGUCUUACAAAGUCACAGGGUACAGGAGGUGAGCAUAGCAGAUAAAGGUGUGGAGUGUGGCUGUGAAGAACUAUUUGAAGCUCCCGGGUUUCAGGUUUCUUCUGAGUCCCUGAGGACUGUAUACUAGAGGCUUUCAGUGCUAAGUGGCCAUUGUGGGAGGCACGGGGUAGAGAGCAUGGUGAGUUGGGGCCUCUAGGUGGGGCCCCUAGAAGGGCUCUGUGACCCUCACCUCCCUCUGCAUGCUUCUGCUACAUGCACCUGCUGGCAGCUGUCACAGCUUUUCCCUGUGGAACUCACCACAGCUGGACCAGGGUCUCUGGAGAGUCGAAGCCUUGCAGGGCAGGUGGGACUGGAAAAGUGAAGGUGGGUUCUGCCCAGCAGCUCAGAACCUGGGCCAGAUUGGAGUCUGUUAGACCUACGAGUGCCUGACUCACCUGCUGCCUGGCUGGCAGGUGAAAAGGGGUCUAUCUUCUUUAGACCUUCAGGGCUUCAUGAGUUUUUUUUUGUUGCUGCCCGCAGCUGUUGGGGGCGUUUGAUUUCUGACAUGAAUUAUGUCGUCUCUGCUGAGGAGCAGGAAGUCAUUUUUCUUUGCUAUAUGAGUUAGUUAACCCUAGUCUGGAAAUCUGAGAUGAGAAAUGCUCCAAAAGGCAAAACUUGUGAGCGCUGAGAUGCCCUGUGUAGAGAAGUCCACACAAGAGCUCCUGUGAUCGCUUGCAGUCCAAAUGCCGUCAAAAAACACUGUAAAAGUUACCUUCGGCUAGGUGUAUAAAGAACAAAAUAUAGAUGAAUCUCUAUUUAGACUUGAGUGCCAUCUCUAAAAUAAUUUAUUAUGUACAUGAGAACAUUCAAAAUUAAAUAUUCAAAACACGUCCGACCCCAAGAAUUUGGGAUAAAGAGUACUAGACGUUGGUAACAAGCUGGUCUUGUAGUAACCAUUGUCCUCCUCUCAGUGCCACUGUGCUGGAGUUCCAGGCUCCCAGAUAGUCCUGAUAACUGGCACAGCAAAUAGGACUUGCUGUGCACUAAGGAAUGUAAUUUCAUUCCUAGUUACACCUGUGGUGACCUUGUUUCUAAAAUGUGGCCGGUGGCGCAUCUUCCUGGGUGCCCAGCUAGCUGCAGCAUUGUCCCAGUAACUGUUAGACCCAGGCCAGGUCCCACCCAUGUCUGCACUGCCUGCUCCCAGUGUCUACCAGGAGACCCAUGUGGCUCACUGAGCUAAGGGACAGUUUGGGUGGGCCUUGUUGGCAUGGAUGCAGCCAACCCCCCCGGAGACUGUGCCCACAGGUGCCCAUCAGCUUCAAGGACUUGGCCGUGCGGUUCUCUGAAGAAGAGUGGCGGCUCCUGCAAGAGGGGCAGCGGGAAUUCUACAGAGACGUGAUGCGGGAAAACUACGAGACGUUGGUGUCUGUGGGGACCUCUGAGCUGCUUCCUCUCUCUGCCUUCCUGUCACCCUCGGGGCCUGGAGGAGCCACAACAGAAGAGAGCCACCACGAUAAGGGACAAGAACCCCCAGUGGAGCAUGGGUCCCAGGGAGGGCAGCCCCAGCAGAGCCUGCACCUCACCGCCCUAGUGCAGCUGGUAAAGGAGAUACCGGAGUUCCUGUUUGGAGAGGUGAAGGGUGCUGAGGACUACUCCGAGAGUGGGAGCACCAGUCUGGAAGGGGAUCAAGCGACGCCUGAGGCAGCUGGGGCCGUGCACACUUACCCUCCCCGCAGCCUGCUCAGUUCUCUUCCGGAGAGCCCUGCAAGCCACCCCAGCCUGGCCGCCACACCCACAGGCAGCUCAUCUUCCAGCGACCCUCCUGGAGACUGGGCACAAGAAAGUCCCCUACCUACCAUAGGAACUGCUGAUAACCCACUGACUAUAGAGAAGGAAGGCUUAGGAGCUUCAGGAGAGCCUUCCGUUCAUCCCACUCAAAGCCUGGACCAGAGCAAGAGCCAUGGAAGACAGGAUAGAGACAGCACAGGAACAGGAACCGCUCCUGAGAACAGUCCCUUGCAAGGCCUCAUCAACUGUCUGAAGGAAAUCCUUGUGCCCGGGCCCCAGCACCGUGGGACAGCCCCAGACUUGCCACCUUCUCUCCCUGGCCUGAGUGUGUUGAAGCAGACCAGAGCUGAGGUGGAGUCAGGAAGCCUGCCCUGCCCGGUGAAGACGGAGCCAGUAUCUGGGGAUUGUCCCCUUCAAGGACUGCUGAACUGUCUGAAGGAAAUCCCAGAAGCCCCAGACAGGCGUCCCAGCCCCUCGGGAGCAGGGGACGUGCGACUGCAGGAGGACCCAGGGAAAAGGAAUUCUGGAGGGAUGAGAUGCCCCCAGACUCCUCCUCUCCGUCGGAGUCAUGGAGCUGGAAAUAUGCUUGCCAUGGUGAAAGUAGAAGAUAGCUGGGUUCAGAGUCCCCCAGCGCCAGCAUCCUGCCAGCUUAGCAGGCAAGGCCACAGUCCCUAUUUCACUGGAGAUACCAGAGAGGUCCGUGUACCCCGCUGGGGCCCCAUGACUCUCGCCAGCAGGGCCUCAAGCUCACCACUAGAAGCUCUAGAGGCUUGUCUAAAGGGCAUUCCUCCAGGUGGGUCAUCACCUCUUCAGCCGCUAGCCACCUCAUGGUCCAGAAGUCCCCAGCCAGGAGAUUCUGGAUCUCAGAGGCUUGAACUACAGCCACAAGGAUCCCACAGUGAAGAAGCUACGCGAGAGCCACUUCUUCCUCUGAGCUUGCAGGGCUGCAUGAGAGAGGGACCUGGGAUUCAACCCUCUGGUUCCCAGGGUACCCCUACCAGCUUCUCCUCAGCCAGCAGCAGUGAUGGGGAUCUGGAUUUCAGGAGCCCCAGGAACAAUCUGGGGCAACGACUUGGGAAAGUGCCAGAAGAACUGUGUAUACCAAAGCAGAAACAGAGCCAGGACUUGUCUUGGCAGGGAUAUCCACCAGGAAACUCUCCACUCCAAGGCCUGGAGAACUGUCUGAGAGAGAUCCCAGUUCCCAGGCCACAGGCUGCCUGGCCUUGUUCCUUGACUGUAGACAGGGGGUUGAAGAGACCAGAGCCCAGGAACUGGACUGCAGACAGAGAAGGACCGAGGGGCGAGGCCUGUGAACCACCCCACCUCGGACAGGGUCGAGGAGAAGUACCCAGCAGGAGUCUCCGUCUAGGCAGUCCACAGAUGACUGUCAGACCAGGAACGUGGCAAUGGCCAAAAGAUGAGACAGCCACCAUGCCCUCCCCCCUGCACUGCCUGGAGAGCUCUCUGAGGGGGAUCUUGCCCGUGAGACCCUUGCGUUUCACCUGCGUGACUGGCCCUGCCCCCAGUCCCAGCCCCUGCUCCAGCUCCAGCAUCAGCAGCUCCGAUGGAGAAGACCUAAGGCCAGAGCCUGCAUUCUGGCAGCCACCCCUCCAGAAGAGAGACCCCCUUCCCUCCAGUAAGGGUCCUGGCCCUCUGUGCCCUGUCUCUGGAGCGUCUCCAAGAGUCAACAACAGUAGUUGUCUUGCUGAAGACCCUGAGAGAACAGAGCCCAGGGACUGUAGCAGCCUCGGUACAGGAAGGGCAGAAGGGACAGGAGUCAAGUCCCAGUCACCCAGAAGAGAAGGGACUGCAGAGUACACAUGCCAGCCUGGCCCUGUCAGCAGUGCUGAAGUUAAAGAAGAAGGAAAAAGAGGAGAGGCAACUACGUACCCAUGGCCUGCCCCUCAGCCAGAGGAAAGGCCUGAGCCCAAGGGUCCUGAAGAUCCCAAGGACCUGGAGCCUGGACAUGGGCAACCCAGCAGCACAGCCAGGACCCAAGGAAAGCUGCUUUCUGGGGACCCUCUGGAGCCACCUAGCAAGUCUCCCCUUCCCACAACUGACUUGUCAACGUGGCCACCCACUUCUUCACAGCCACCAUGCCCCUGUGGCAGAUCCCUGCAGCAGGAGCUACACAGCCUUGGUACUGCCCUUACGAACAAGCUGGACCAGCUUGCAGCAGCGUUGGCAGGCCUGACUCAGGAAGUGGCCACCAUGAGGACCCGGAUGGACCGGCUGGGAAGGCGCCCACAGAGCCUUGGACCAAAAGGCCAGGCUUCUUGGCGGUUGGUCCUCUCCCGGAGACCUCGCUGGGCCAGCAGGCUGGACCACAGGCACCUUCCCUACUGGAGGCAGAAGGGCCCCACCAAGCCCAGACCAAAGAUCCUGCGGGCCCAGACAGAAGGCUGCAAGGCUGGUGACCGCCCAGGACUCUCUAGAGGGAAGGGCAAUUUGGUGCCUCAACUGCCUCCAGAUGGUUCCUUGGUAGAAUCUUCCAGGCCCACCUGUAGCUCAUCCCAGCAGAUCGCAGUACCUGGAGGCCACACUGUGCUGACUGCACAUCCCCUUCUGGAACACACUGGUUGCCACCAGAAUCCUCUCUCCCCUUCAGUGCCUCCUGUCUUGGUCCCCCUUGUGGCCUCACCUACAACCAGUACAGACACAGAACCUCAGGUGGCUAGAGUGGCAGCCAUCAGCAUUCCAAACCAGCACAAGGAACCUAACAGCCUGCUAGGGGGAGCCCUCAGCAAAGACCUCUGGGGAGGUGACCACAGGGAUCCAAGGUGGGGGGCCCAUUAACUGUGCCAUUCCUCUGCUCAGGCUUGUGAGGGUGCCUGGUGGGACCCUCUGGGGUACAGCCGUUGCAGGCUGCCUGUUUCCCAGGGGUUGUGUCUUCCUUACCGCUCAGCCAGCCCUCUCAGUGCUGCUGAAAGUCUGACCCUUUGCCUCUGCUGUGCCAGGCUCCCAUGGUGUCUGCAUAGAGCCACUACAGAGGCAUUUCUCAGCCAUACCUCUGGCUUUCUUGGCUCAGGUUCAGUCAGCCAGUUGUUCUUCCUCCGUUAUCAGAGCCAUCUAGGUUCCCAGUGAGUGUCAUGCAUAUAGCAUAUGCACAGAGCCAGCUGCUCCUGAUCUCAAGGACACUGAAAGGCCAGCCUUUAUCUGUCUGGAGUGAAUACUUCACAGAUCUCAUUUAUGGAGAGGCUGGCCUGUGGUCUUAGCUGAAUUGAUCCACAUGGAUUCUAAAACUAAAUAUAUUAGCUGCUAAGGAAAGGCCAUUGGCUUCUAUGGAAGGGUGCUCAGAGGGGACAACACUUAGGCAUGGUCGCCUGGAUUGUCACCAGUACAGUGAGAGUUAGGCAUGUUCCCUUCUUCCAUACCUACACCUCAAGAGAACUGAGCACGUGCCGUGAGGCUGGUGCAGCAUGCCACAGGGCUCCUGGGGAAGAGCAUGCACAUCUCUCGGUCUCCUAGGGCUGUGCACAAGUGUUACAGGCUUAGUCUGGGCAGCUGAAACCAGGGGUCCCAAAUCAAGGUCUUGUCAGGGUUGGUUCUCCAGAGGGCAUCUGGCUCUGCUGGGGGCUGUCUUCAUGUUCACAUGGCAUCUUCUCCAAAUGCCCUUUCUGCCACAACACAGAUGUUUCGGGUGGCACUCAUUCUCACUUGAAUUUAUUCUCCAAAGACUCUAAGGAGCAUCACCUUCUCAAGUGCCAGCAGUAUGGUCAGCCUUUUGACAUUAUGACAUGGUGUUAUCAUCUAGAAAGUUCACAUUCAAGAACCAGACAGUUGAGAUUAAAAAAAAUGUUUUAAAUAUGUUUACAAGUUUGUGUUAGAUUGCAUAUGUAGUAUUUAUUCCUUAGCUACAAGCAGGUUAGGAGGGUUGCGGCCGUUAGGUGGGCAUCUUUCUCCUUUGGCGGCUACAUGGUAUCUCUUUGACUCCGCAUACUCUCUGUAUGUUCUUCCAGUCUGGCUAUAUUCUGCCUUGCCAUAGGCAGUUAAUAAAAUAAUGGUAAUAAGACA